UGCCUUUAUACUCUGCUAUUUCAAUCCCGUUCGUUCUAGGGUUUUCUAUUUUGCCCUCUUCACCUAAUGUCGAGCUCCGGCACCAAAGAUCCUUUUCUUUCCCUUUCUCCGAUCAUCACCAUCCUUAAUUCUACCUUUUUCAUAACACGCAUAUAGUUAUUGAGCUUAUUUCUCAUGUCUGUUUCUCUAUAGGCUGAUGAUUGCUUGAAGUUAAGUUUAUUUAUCCGAAAAUGGCAGACGCAGUGGGAUAUCAGCAAACUUUUUCUGCACAAAUUGUUGGGAGAGUAUUUGUAGAGAAAUACUAUACCAUUCUGCAUAGCUCGCCGGAGUUGGCUUAUAAAUUCUAUCAAGACAAGAGUAUCAUCGGUCGUGUCGAGGAGGAUGACUCCAUGAGUGUCACCACAACCUGUCAAGCCAUCAAAGAGAAGAUUGUCUCGCUCAACUAUGGGGACUUAAGAGUUGAGAUCAAGUCGGUGGAUUCAUUGGAGUCUUUUGUAGGUGAAGUUCUUGUUGUUGUCACUGGCCAUCUCGUGGGGCAUGACAAUGUUGUUAAAAGUUUCACCCAACACUUCAUUCUUGCUCCACAAGAUAAUGGCUACUUUGUUUUAAGCGACCUGUUACGAUAUGUGGAUAUUGUCAACGGGAAACCAACUUUAGGAAGUGAUAUUGUGGGGCGUCCGAUCACAACACAAGGUAACCCUACCCCUUCUGUACAUUUUUCUUUUCUUGUUCUAUCCAUUGCUCUCCGAGUUAAUAUAGAGGAAUCAGCCAUUGAGGAUGAAGUUUACAGUCCAUCAGAGGAUGGCGACGGUGUGUUCUUUGGUGGAGUAAAAGUUCCAAGAUCCGAUUUCGCUGAUGAGCUGAUGCGUCUCAAGGGAGCUGCUGCAAGUUUUUCUUCCCCUCCAAUGGAUCCUGGAAAAGCAACACUAGACAGUGGACAAAAUCAAAAGGCCAAUUAUUGCUCAAUAUAUAUGAGGAGGCCUCCAAAGAAUGCUAUUGAGACGUCACUUGAAGAUGUGUUUAAGAAAUUUGGGCUUACUCUUACUCUGAAAUACAGAAAUGAAGCUAGAAGCAAGAGGCCGAUGCAUCUCAAGGGAGCUGCUGCAAGUUUUUCUCCCCCUCCAGUGGAUCCUGGAAAAGCAACACUAAACAGUGGACACAAUCAAAGGGAGAGAUUCGGAACCCAUCGGCUUGGAAACAUUGGAGGUGGCAGUGGUUACAAUAAAAGGUUCAAAUUGACAUCAUUUUGCCCAAUAAAAGAAAACCCUAAUUUAAAAGAAGAAUGGAGCCUGCCGAACAGUGAAACAUCCCUGGUCCUUCUCCGGCUACCCGCAAAGCACAUCGCCGUCUGCAGAUGCGUAUGCAGUAGUUGGCUCUCCCUAACCACCUCACCGAAAUUCAUCUCUGCACAGCUCGACCAUGCCCGGUCCGAAUCCGAUCCCCAAGUCCUUUUCCACGAUUCAUCCCCUCUCCCAGACAGAGACAAUAACCCACUAAAACCCCCCCAAUCAGGCCUCGUCUGCUCUUCCCCGGACACAUUGAUUAUUGGCUCGAUCAACGGCCUCAUCUGCUCCGCUGGCAACUGGAUGUACCGCAGCUGGCCGACCCCCAAUGACAUCUGGAUAUGGAACCCAUCCACUGGGCUCUCAAAGAAACUCCCCAUGGGCAUCCACGAGUUAUGCCGCUUUUCCAAUUAUCAGGCCACAUUCGCCUUCUGCUGGGACGAAGAGUCUGACGUGUACAAAGUGGUUAGAAUCAUUUCGAAGAAAUGGGAAGAAACCUUGGCCGAGGUCUGGUCCUCGGAUAAUAACUCAUGGGAGGAGAUUGACCUCACCAACCACCCUUCUUUCUAUCACCCCUCACACCAUGUGAACGUGGUCCCAACCACCUCCUGCAAUGUGUUUGUCGGGAAUUCCCCCCACUGGGCUGUCCUCGAUUAUUAUGGGAAUCCCUUUAUCAUAUCAUUUGAUGUCAAAACCAACAAGCUGAAGCGAUCCUAUUUCCCACCUCUACUAUCUUUUGACCGGGAAAAAAUCGCUGGGAGAAUUACCAAUGGGCUUCAUCAUCUUAUUCUUACGAACUGGAUGGGGAAAUUGGCGGUGCUGGAUGCCGUGGAUUAUCUUUCUGCCGAUGAUGAGUAUGAUAAACUGGUCGAGGCUUUUUCUGAUACAGAGAGGACGAAGGAGAUAUACUGGUUGUGGACGAUGGAAGCGAAUGGUCAUUGGAUUCGUUCAUGUCUGUUUUCUUUUGGUUUUGAUUUCCAUUAUUCCCUGAACUCCGUGGGCGGAGGGAAAUUUAUGUUGCUGGACAGGUAUUCAGAUAUAGCAUUUUAUGACAUUGUGGAGAGACGAGUUAUUAGAACGUAUGGAGUUCCCAGUCCAUUCCCCUGUAUAUCUUUGGGCUUUGACUUUGUCGGGAGCUUAGUGUCGAUUGAGGGGUCUGAGCCCAUUGGGAACGACGAUUUUAGCAAAUUGAUCACUCUCACCUGGCCGAGUCAUCUGCAGAUGAACUUGAGCGGGAAUAAACACCCCAAACAACUCUUUAUGCUUCCGGAAGAUUGUAAUAAAUUCUAUGACGAUGCAAUGGAACGUGAUCCUGGAGAGUCGGCCGUCCCUGCACCUUUUUGGGAGUGUCAAAAUCAUUUUACUCCUUUUGGUAUAUUUUCUUGGCGUUGAUUGGGCCAAGGAAUGAGAGGCGUGAUAGUUGGUUUGUUGUUAAAUGCUAAGAUGAUAGCAUCCGUCAACCUCUGAACCUCAGUUUGCUCUUAGAACUUGACAAUGGUAUUGUGCUUGGACAUCUCUAUUUAUGGUCAAGCUUCAUUUCAAGUUUUCUUUUUCUUUCUAAUAGUAGGGAGAAUGGGGAUGGGAACCGUAAAUAUGUAGUAACAUGGAAGGUACAAUGUUCAUUUCUAGAAGGCUUGUACCUGCCGAAAACCAAUUCCCCACCGUUAACGACACCAUUUACUGGAAAAUCAAUAAGUACACCUCAAGUGAUCAUGAUAU